UGUCUGACUAUUGCACGUUUAAAUCACUGGAGCCAAACGGAAUGGAUAAUCAAAGUGCCUGUGACACUGUCACCGGAGAAGGCAUUGGCUUGCAACUGUUCGAAGUAAUUUUAGAUAAAACUCAGCACGUUUAUUACGCCGGUCAAGUUAUCUCUGGAAAAGUUCAACUCCAACUGAAUUCACCGAUUAGCGGAAUGGGAGUGAAAUUGGAAUGUAAGGGUGAAGGACAGGUCUAUUUCACAAACCGAUCAACUGGUUUCCGAAAGAAAGUUUCCGCCCAUGAAAUCUACCUCCGCGAGGAGAUUUAUUUAACCAGAAACGAGUCCGGUGAUGCAGAAAUCAAGAGUGAUGGAUUUUCAUUCAGCUUCAAUCUUCCAGAAAAACUGCCGUCCAGCUUCGAGGGUCGAUACGGCCGAGUGAGAUACUCUAUUAAGUCAACACUGGAAAUUACCAAAGACUCACGAAUAUCGUCUGAGCCACUGGCAUUCACUGUUGCUCCUGUUUUUUAUUUGAAUCAGCAUUCACUGGCACCGUUACCACUGAGCGAGAGCCACACAAAGACCUUCACUGGCCACCUAAAACCCCUGAGCAUGUCAGUCUUCAUUCCCGUCCGUGGCUUCGUUCCCGGCCAAACGGUCCCCCUAAAAAUCAAUUUGAAGAACGAAUCAAACGUUGACGUGAAAAAACUACGAAUCCUGUGCAAAAAGGUGGUGGUGUAUCAUUCAGCGGAUAAUAUACGCAAACACAAAGAGAUUGUUGUCGAGAUUGAACAGCCAGUGCAACGCAGUUGUGAGAAUUAUGAUGCUGAAUUCGACGUGCCAGCUAUUCCCCCGUCGGGAAGAGUUUGCAGUCUCAUUGAUAUUUGUUACACACUCAAAGUUGAGGCGUGCGUGGAUAUCAAUGAGUGGUACUACCGAAUGUUCCAUAAGAACCUGAAGAUAAGGAUGGGUAUUAUCAUCGGUUCAGUUCCUCUGAGGAACUACGAGGACCCGAUGGAGUCCAGCGACGACUCCCAGAGCAGCUCGAGGAGAGAAAAAUCUGUGCGAUGGGAGGAGACAGCGGGGCAGGAUAAUACAUCCGAUGGACUGAAGUACCAGAGUAGCCGCAUAUAUCGAUCCUCAAAACCCGACAGAGACGAUCCCCCGGGAGAGGAUGGAGACGAUGCAGAAGUGAAGCCGUAUUCACCGAUGUACCGUGUAUACAAAUUUGAUAGCGUCAGGGAUAAGAUGAUAUCGUAAUGAUAUGGGGGUUGUUGAUGGGCUUGGAAUUUCGAGAAUAUUGGAUGGGGACAGCUUCUUUCUCGGCGAUCAGGGGAGUGGGACGCGGCGAGAAUUUUAUUCGAGGAUAUCCAAGUGCUAUUUUCAAUCAUCAAAUUUGAUGAUUGAAUUGAAUACAU